GAGGGCAUCAGAGGCAUCUUGCGUCGGCAUCCGAGUUCACCAGAGGCAUCUUCAGAAAACGGAGCUUGGUAGGCAACAUGGAGUUCUCUGGCUUCUUCAUGCAGACACAUCUGAUAUACUGGUGGAGCAGAAUCACCACCAGAUCAUGAAACGGCGAGUUCCCUCGAUGCAUACCUUACCUUCUCGCAUCGAGUGCAUGUCAUAUGUUACAAAGAUGUAUUCCUACAACGUGUCCAAGAGUGUAAACCCUAUCUUGGAAGACGUAAUCUUGCACUCGACAAUCGCGCUGGUAGGAUUGGGGCCUGGGCUACAAACUACACUAUAGCCCAUAUGCCUCGACGGCGGAAGCCCAUCAGAAAUACUCUUCCAGGGGAAGCCCAUGGAGGCUCGCUGCUCUCUAGUAGUGCGAGCCCCCACCGCCUUCGCCUCUGCCCGUCCGCCGCCUUCGCCUUGGUCGCCGACCCCAUGGUGCAGGAGGAGGGUGUUCUGGUAGAGCCGGCGCUCGUGGAGCAGGGGGAGCAGACCCCGCCCCCUCUGCUUGCACCUCUCACUGUGGAUGUUCUGGUGGACCAAGUUGAGCAGCCCUCCCUACCAGUUCCUACGCCCCUCGUGGAGGAGGGUGUUCUGGUAGAGCCGGCGCUCGUGGAGCAGGGGGAGCAAACCCCGCCCCCUCUGCUUGCACCUCUCAUGGAGGAUGUUCUAGUGGACCAGGUUGAGCAGCCCUCCCUACCAAUUCCUGCGUCCCUCGUGCAACACUCACCACCACCUGCCAGAAGGUCUGCCGCUUUGACCUCAGCAAGAAGCUCCACUACCCACUGCUGCAUCACCAAGAGGGCAAUCCACAACUGGGAACCAUAUGCGUAGGAUGACGAGGAAAAAUCCAUUGAAGCACGUCGCUGCUGAUCUGCACGGGUACAUUUUAAGUCACAAUAAUUAAUGAUAAGAGAGGUAAAUUAAUGAUAGGAGGGAUCUUCUUGCUCCACUUAUUUUGUAAUAUGAUUGAGGAGCUUAUCGUGGGUCACUCGGAUACCGUGGUACUUCUUGGGGACACACUUCAUGGUCACUCAGGUGCAGUGCCUUCUCUUCUACAAUUUGUGUUCGUCUUAGUACAACGCCCUCUCUCAGAUGCCUAUAAUAAUCAUGGUUUUUUUGUUAUGAAGGAUUUUAGCCUAACUAAUGGACAAUCAAAUCUUAAAUAUGAUUUUUCCUUAUAUUUUGAAAUUUUCAACCGCAAGAUAGUAGGUCGACUGCUAUGCCUUUACUAUCUGAAUCUGAAAAAUAAUUUGUAGGUAGAACAUUUGGUCAUCAUUGACUAAAUUUUGAGGAGCAAAUUGCAGAAGGAUACUUGCAUUGGUUGUUUGAUCAUGUUUCUUAGAGCAACUAGGCCAUGAUGUUAGCCUAUCUGGGUGUAUACACUCAGGCAUGAAUUGUUGAGCAUAUUAUAAUCAAGGACUGAGCAUUUAUUUUAGCCUUGCAAUUUUUUCUUUUUAUAGGCUGAAAGUUUUGUGGACAAUCUCUUAUGUUCAUAAUAACUUGCAUAUUCAUAAAAGCUAAGACAAGAGUUGCAUUAGUACUAAAUCUUACCAGGAGUUUUAAUGCAUGUUUGAACCAAAUGUAGGACACAUUACAUAUGUAUAAAAAUUGAUAUUCCACCAUUUAAAUAAGCCAUGUAGAAUUCAAAGGAGUUUAUGCUUAGUAUUAUCAGAGAUGUAUACAAAUAUUAUGAAACAUCCUAAACAAAAGGAAGUGAAGCAAGCGAACUAGGAGCUAGCGGAUGACAACUUGGCAACAACUAAGAAACCGUAGCAACACACAGGCAUUUAUGCUAGUGGAGUAUUAUUUUAUUAACUCGAAAAUGCAAGUGUCAUAGUUACUUUAUCUAACUGUCCUUGGUAUGAAUAUAGUUACAUUAUUUUCUUGAUACGAGUAUAGUCACAUGUUCAAUGCUUAAUGAGUCAGAAUGGUGUAUGUGAUGUUAUUUUGGUAUCAUGUGAAUGUUCACAGCUCUAAACCAAUGAGAGUCCGAUGUGCCAACUCCUAGGGUUGUGAUGUUAUUUUGGCAUAGCAUGCAAGCCCUCAGGAUACUCCAUGUUAUUUUGUUUCUCCGCAUUAUGGUGGAUAUCUUAAAUGCUAUUUUCAAUACCUCUAACAUUUGCGGAUCACAAUAGUUUUUAUUGGUUAUUACAUUGCAGGUUUCUUCGAUCUUUAAUGGUUUGUUGCUUCUGUUGGGUUAGGGAUGGCGAUUAAUACCUUUAUAUUGAGUUCCAUUCGGAUUUUGAUUACUUCUUUCUAGAAUAUAGGCUUAUUACCAAUUUUGGGGAUUGUUUUCUGCGAGCCUUGUAUGAAGAUUUCACAUGGCUGACCUGUUAUGCAUGCUGCUGAGUGGAUUUAUGCUGUCUUUACUGAACAAUUUGAUGGUUUUUAUUCUUCUAGGUUGAUAUUUAAUUUGAUUAGGGUUGGGAUUUGCUGUCGGGUUGAUAUGUAAUUUGAUUAGGGGAUCUCUAAUUGUAGAUCUUGUUGCUCUAUACUCUUAGGUGUAAUCGGUUGUGUUCCGAUUGCAUGUUCCAUUUGUUUGCAGGACCCUGCAGCCAUUGGGCUCAAUGUUGAGGAGGAUGAGAAUCUUCAGGAUCAACUGGUGGAGCUGGGGGAAUAGUUCCCUGAGGUACUAUUCUUUACUCUUGUCAUUUUAUUUUUCUCUGGAAGCUGCAGUCCCUGAGGUACUAUUCUUUACUCUUGUCAUUUUAUUUUUCUCUGGAAGCUGCAUACCUCCAUUUUUUUUUGUACCAUUUGCUUCUAUAUCUUACUAUUCCUAGUUUGUAGAUUGUGUUGUGCAUGUUGCUGCUUUCCUUUGUGUUUUGAGAGGACAUAAGCAAUUAUAUGUUUUCUCUGCAAUUUGUGCGAGAGGUGUUUAGGAUGCCAAUGUGGCUGCAACCAGGAAGCAGUUUAGGAGAUAGAUUUCUUGCACUACUUUCCAAGUUAGAUUUGGGCAAUAGAUUUUCUGUUCAACAUGCUGCUUGUCUGGAAUCUGAAGGAUAAUGAUCAGUUUUGUCAUUUUUGUUUCCUCAGUUGGAUCAGUUGGGUUGUUAGUUUAUUCUAUUUGUUCAAAUCUAUUGUAAAUAUCCGUGUGACAACUGUACUUGCUUUAAGAUGCUCUGUUGUUCUAUUUGGUUUAGUUCAUUUAGUUACACCACAAAACUCAAUCUUCUAUCUAGUUUUCUUGGAUUGCUUCUCAUAGAAUCAUGUUUAAGUUGAGUUUUUCCUUAACUCCUAUUGAUUUCUUUCAUGUUUAUCCAAGAUAAUGGAUAGUUAGAUGAUGCAAACAGUGAUUGCUAAUUGUUUCCUUAUACAGCAGAAGAUUCCAUUCUUAGUGCUCCCUUUAUCUAGCCCGUAUAGUUGUUUUUUGUGUUUACUUGCAAUGGAUUUCAUUAUCUUCUGUUUCCAUCCUCAUAAUAGUUUUGCACCCUUUCUACAUAUAUAAAUUUCUUUGACAUAAUGGACGGUGCUUACAAGUUAAGUAUGCAUAAUUGCAUACUGACACUAAAUGAGAUGUCAUGUGCUCUACAUGAGGUUUAUGUUAAACAUUAUGUGAAAAUACCCAGUGAAAUCAAUGUUAAAGGAUGUGCUCAGUUUGCAUCAAAGACCACAAUUUUUUUUAAGAUACCAUUGUUAAUCCUACAAGUUAAAAAAGGGUGCUCUCAAGGUAAAGAUGAACUUUUCAGUUAUGAAACAAUGAGAUUGCAGGAAUAUGUUUGUGCGUGCUAUUAAAGUACAUAGUACUAGUAUACUGCUCCCUGUUGUUAUUUGCACUGUUGCUUUUCCCCCUUAAAUAUGAAGGAUACCAUUGCACAAGAAGAUUGCUCUGUUGUUUACUGUGGCCCAUAUCUCUUUUGGGUUCAAUUGUGAGUAUUUAGGUUAUAACUGAUAGCCCUCAAAUUUCUGGCGACAUCUCUUUAAUUUUCAUAGGGUUUGCUUACUUUGUAUUUGUCCUAGUUUAGAUUAUAUUUCUAUUUCUUUCUACGGGUGUACUUAUGACAGUAUGCUUCCAUGGUUCAGUUUUCCAUGUGUAGGUUUUCUUUCUUGGAUUUCUCUACAUUAACCAACCAACCCUCCCCCAAAAAAAAGAAAAAAAGAAAAAACAAAGCCUAAGGUCUUUAUCUUUCGUCUGCAGAUGGUAUUCUAAACUUGAUUGGUUGAACUUUGGUCUGUUGGAAUUGCUAUUAGUGGUAUUUUUUAAGGCGGAAUGUUUGUACGGGUUGAAUUCAGAUAGGGAGGUGUUAUAUAGUUAGACCAGACCCUUGUAAUGACUAUUUUUGCACAUGAUGUAACGAUGAUGUCUGUUAUGCUAUUUGCUCUCUCAGGGAUUCAGGGUGUAAUAAAAAAAUCCUUGAACUUAUUCAUUCAUUGUUGAUUUCUAGAAUGAAAGGUUUAUCUUUUGCAUACUUGCUAGUUCUUCAUAUUGGCAAGCGUGUUAUGGUCGUCUCAUAAGAACACCCAACAAGAGGCCUAAUGCCUCUAUGGCUCUAUUUGCUGGGUCGAUACUGAAUAUUAGAUCAUUGCUAACAUCAUGUCUUUUCAGGUGAGAGUUUGUUAAUCUUGAAAGAAUUUGCUUCCACAUGAGAAUGUCCUCGCUAACAUCAUGUCUUUUCAGGUAAGCGAAACAAGAUAGAUGAGAUGUUUGCUGGAGUUGAUCACCUGCGUGUGAAUAUAGCUCAACUGGGAAGCGUGCCGUUUGAAGUGCCCAAUGAGAUGAUGGGGUAUCGUAGAUAGGCGUUGAAAUUGUUACCGAUUUAGUAAUAUUUAAGAAUACAUUUUGAAACAGUUAGCUCAUGGGACAUCGACAAAAUAUUGACUUUGAUAUAUUAUGCAGGGCCUAUAAUUGAUGUCCUGUGUGGCUGCAUCCUAGCUUGUUCUCAUAUUAAGCUUUGUGCUAAAAGGUGCCAAAAGACCCUUCGAACAGUUUUGCCCGAAGACAGAUAUUAUCAACAGUUUUACCUCUACUGCAUUUUGUUUUCGUUUGUCUUCACGCUGGGAUCCUCGUCCCGUAGCUAUGCUGUUACAAAUCCUGAGCAUCCUUCCUGCUCGUUUGUGCUACAAACGUAAAUUCUCCCAGCACAUGUUCUAGGAAAGUGAUCUGAAUAUGGUUGUACUGAUAUGUAGACUUGGUACUAUGACAGCCUAUAAAAAUCUUUGCCACUGACGUUUAGCGUUUGCCUAGAGGAAUCUGUAUGGAAUUGCCUGAGUAUAUAUUGUUGAUGCAAGUUGUUUUUC